CUUAAGGUCUCAGUGAGUUUGUGGAUUGGUAAAUGGAGAUGGCGCCACUCGAUUAACAUUAAACAUUAUUAUCUACGUGCGUUGUAACAAUAUCCCUACAUUUUCUCCAACCUUGAACCACUACUACAUUUGCAUACAAUCACUUUCAGUCACGUCCUUUGCAAGUCACACAAUGGACCCCUUCCUAAAGCCCCCCAAAAUCCUAAUAACGAACCCCACCGUCCCCCAAAUCGCUCUGGACAUACUGGGCCGAAAUUGCGAGUUAAUCCACACCAAGGACGAUAAACGAGAGUCGAUUCUUGAAAAAGUGUCAGGUGUUGAUACCAUUCUUUGGGCGACUAAAGUAAACCUCGAUGUGGAAAUCCUAGACAAGGCUGGCCCGCAGAUGAAGACGGUGGGGGCCAUGUCAGCCGGAAUCAACAAUAUCGACGUUCCUGAGCUAAAAAAACGCGGGAUCAGACUGGGAAACACUCCUGAGAUUCUGGACGAUGCUGUUGCUGACGUGGCUGUGCUUUUGGCCCUGGGGGCGGCACGGCGGCUCCACGAAGGGCGCUUGAAAAUCGAGAAGAACCAGUGGACGGCUGGACUGACCUGGAUGCUGGGCCAGGACGUGAGAGGGUCCACUGUGGGCAUCGUGGGGCUUGGGGGGAUCGGGCAAGCGGUGGUCAAGCGAAUGAAGGGCUUUUCCGUCUCGAAGUUCCUGUAUACGGGACAUAGGGAAAAGCCGGAGGGGAAGGAGCUGGGGUGUCACUUUGUGUCGCUUGAGACCUUGGUCAAAGACAGCGAUUUUGUGGUUGUUUCGUGCCCCUUGACCCCCGAGACGAGACAGAUGUUCAACGACUCGAUUUUCGAUAAAAUGAAGAAAACUGCGGUUUUUGUCAAUGUGAGUCGGGGCGAAGUCGUGGAUCAGGACGCUCUGAUCAGGGCGCUCAAGGCUGGGAAAAUUUUCGCUGCGGGGCUUGAUGUCAUGACCCCUGAGCCCCUGCCAGCGGACCACGAACUCGUUAAACUACCAAAUGUUGUUUUGUUGCCCCAUUUGGGCAGUGCUACCGAAUUUACCAGGAACGGGAUGGCCGAGGUCACCGCUCAUAACAUCCUCCGGGGGAUUGCAGGGGAAGAGAUGUUCGCUGAAGUUUGUUGAUUUUAUUCACCAUAAAAACUUUAUACAUUUAUUACAACAGAUAUAUUGUCAGUCA